AUGGAUCGGACAACCCUCUCUCAUGUCGUUGGACGCUCAAUCCACCAACGCAUUACCGGUAACAGCAAACUUAAACAGAGCCCUACUCCCAGCAUCUCUGACAAUAUGGACCAACCUGGAAGCUCAACUCCUCCGGACAAGUCUACUCGUUCUUCUUUCUCCUCUGUCCGAGAGAUCGAUUCAUCAGACUUAGCCCAGAAUUUUACCAGUACCAAAGUAUCAUCUUACUCCAAAUUAUCUGAGGAGGCUGUCGACGACCUACCAUCACCCCCGGAAAUGGCCACUCAGACACAAUUCAUCCCACCUAUCACACAACCCCAGAGCAGAUUACAUGGCUGUUGGUUUCCUGCCGUCGCCGCCGAGGGCUUCCAGGGCUGGAAGCAAAUAGGUGUAGGAGGGAAGCGGGCGAGCAAGAGCUAUGGAGAUUUGCAGGCUCUGAAGAUAGUUUGGUCGACUCCAGUCCUUCCGCUUAAGAAGAAAGAUCCCGAAAGGCCAGCUCCAGGACAAUCGGCCAUCGAAAAGCUCCCCGCGGAAUUACUAGGCCAAAUCAUUGACCACCUUGUCCUCGAUGUUCCGCCGAACGGAGUCUCCGCUCGAAAUGUGGAUUUGAUGUCCCUGUUACUUACAUCCAGAACACUCCACUCGGCAACGCUAAACGCACUUUAUAAGAACAUCACGAUCCCGCACUCGAGGAUUUACCGGAAAUUCCUAACGCACAUCUCACAGAACAAGGAGCUCGGAACUAUAGUACGACGUCUUGACUUCAGUCACUUCAACCCAACCACGCUGUUCACAACGGCGAGCGAGCGAGCUACUACCCGCAAUCUUACCCCCGAAACUUUGAUGCAAUGCUUGGAGUUGACCCCUUUCCUCCGUGAGUUUUUAGGUCAGGAGUAUAUUGAGGAUGAGAUCGACGCAAAGGUUCUACGCAAGCUGUUCUUUGGACUUGAUAGACUGCAGGGGAUCGACUUCUGUGGUUGCUCAUCAACUGCUUUCAAGACUUCAUUCCAGUCAAUCCUCUUGUCAGACUGGCCGGAAACGCUCUCCAUCUCUCGACUAUCUUUACACAAGUGUAUCACUCUACCCCCAUCCGUGUUCGAGACCUUGCUCCCCAGACUGGGCAAGUUGACCCAUCUAGAUCUCACGGGAACACGCGUGACGAAUGAGGCUCUCCAGUCUAUUCCGCACAGCGCAAAUAUCACGCAUCUAAAUCUAUCCAAAUGCAGAUCACUCACUGCUGAUGUUGUCGUUGACUUCCUAGCAAACCAUCCGGCGGUAAAGGGGCUUGUAUUCCUGAGUCUUGGGGUAGAUGCCAGAAGCCACCAGCUCUUCGAUGAAGAUGACUUAACCAGACUGAUCCCAGUCCUCCCCCAAAGUCUACGUUCAUUGAGCUUAAAGGGCAGCAAGAUGCUUGAAUCACACAUUGACUUAUUACGCCCGCUAACCAAGCAUUUGGAAGAGCUUGCGUUGGGUCGACGGCUGAAGAUUUCAGAUAUCGAUCGAUUAUUUGUGCCCGACGAUAAUAAUGACGGACAACUAGACCAACAGCUAGAAUGGGUCCCACACACUCUCAGGUACCUAGAUCUUUCCGACUAUACGACAGUCGAGCUUGAUCUCAUCACGCUGUUCGGACGAAACACGUCGAUUAUGAAGAAGUAUUCCUCGCCGCUGGAGGUAAUCGAAGUAACCGAUGAAAUGUACUCCCGCCUGGCAAAGUCCCCGGUUGUAAAGCAGCUGGGAUGGACUGUUAUGGAGAACGGAAGCAGAGCUUGGCUCGUCCGUAUUCACAAUCCCGAAGAUGGGCCUAGGGACUCUGGCCUUCGGUCUUGGAAGAUGGGCGCUUCGUUUUGGGGUAUGCGUAAAAUACCCAUUGCUUGUGCGGAAGUUGGAGGCAUGUACGGCUCAUAUAUGUUUAAGCGGAAGCUAUAA